AUGUCUGCAGUGGCAUCUCUGAAAUGUCAGUUUUGUUGGACUAAAGACGACGACUGUGAAAACACCAUUCAGGAGUGUAAUGAAGACAUAGGUCAGCUCUGCAUUUCUUCCGUUUCAGAGGCCGAAUGGUGUAAGUGAGAAGAACUUUCAGCCUUUUUGACCACCAGACAUAAACCCCCAGACUUUCUAAGGCCAUAUCUUAGCUACAAACCACAAGGUGUGGCUUUUCAUAAUGCAGUGUUCUAGAUCCUGUAUUACAUGUAGGAACCAGAGGGAAAUUCAAGUCAGUUCACAUUUGAAGGUGAGCUUACCUACUUGGCUCUUUCCAAAACAAUAUGAAAGCCAAACAAAGCCUUCCUUUCACAUCCACACUUCUCCCAUUUUUGCAAUUCAGUUGUCCAGUCGUGUAAUUUAUAUUUUAUUCUAGGUCUGUUCCCCUGCCAGAUGAAUCUAGAAAUACCCUUUUGCCAUUCCUUGAGGUGUCCUAUCUUCCUAUCACUGGUAUUGACUGGAAUAGAAACAGCAUUCUCUGCUGGUGAAUUUUCAUGAGGACUUUUCAAAAGUUCUCCAUCCCUGCCUCACGUUCAACAAAUAGAUAAAACUCUCUCCGCUCCAGGCCAGGCCAGCCCAAGAUAUUGUGACACCUCAGGCGGACCAUGAAAUGCUGCCCACCGGCCAGGCAGGGAAGAAGGGGGGACUGAAGAUCUACAUCAGGAACAAGGGGGUGGGAAUGGGGAUCUACACUGGAAUUUUAUGUGGGAAUAAGAUGUACGUUGGCAACAAGGCUGGGAGGAGACCAGAAGCACCUCCUAAUUGCCAAGAGGCCAUUACAGAGGCGGCAUUUGGAGGGGCUGCUGAGGAGGUGGCAGAUCUGGCCUCCAAGGAACAAACCACAGCUGCAAACAUGGCAGCAGCCUGCAAUGCUUUCAUAGGAGGCUGCCCCUGGGGGAUAUUUCCUCUUGUGUGGGCAAGCCAUAUCUCCAGGUCUUGUUUUUUCUUUCCUCUAUAGUGGCUUUUGGGAGGAAAUUUGUUUACAGGUCCUGCGCCAAUGGACAGUUUUGCCAAACAGGCUAUUCCAGGGCCACCGUAACGCCAAAUAUGUACAUGGUGACCAAGACCUACUGCUGUGACACAGAUAUGUGCAACAGUGAACCUUUUGAACGUAAGUCGUAG